UAGAGACAAGUGGACUUUGCCAAGCAUUUGGCGUAAACUUUCCUUAAAAUUAUCCUGUGUCCUUUGUUAAAACAAGGACAUGGGUAAAGGAAAGAAGAAAAAAGUUUUAUGUUUAUUUUUAAAACCAUUUUAGUUGUAUAGGUUGUUGUAAACCACAUUUAAAUGAAGAAAAACUGUUUUGUUUUGAAMUAACGUUUGGACAAAAUGGCUGCCGCUAGCUCGUCACUCAAGUUGAAUUGGCUGGACCACUUUGACUCUGCAUGGGCGAAUGAGGAUUCUGAAGCUGUAGUKACACGAAAAGGAGUUAUCUCAAUGUAUGAAAAGCUGCUUUCGAACAAAGAGGCCGUUGCUAUUCUUCAAUCGCCUCUUCAACUUCGAGGACCUUUACUGCCAGAUUUUGAACGAGGGAUAGCGUCUUUAAAUGAGCAAGAUCAGUACUUGAACGAUCUGUUGUCGAGCCAGUUAACGUUAGCAAGGACUGUCAGCUCAGAUUCACCUUUUUAUUCGACUCUACGACGUCGUCUUGCAAUUUUACAAAGGAUUUUUUGCGCUGUUUCUGCAAAAUUUCACAACAAAGGAAAACAGACUUUUUAUUCAAACACUGGUUACAACUCCCGAGAUCAAAGUCAAACAAAGUCGAAGCCGAGUGAUGCUAUCAGCGGUAAAGAUAUACUAAUAGAAAUGGGAAUCAAAACAGGGCUUUCUCUACUCUUUUCGCUUCUACGUCAGUCGUGGUGCAACGGACAAGGGACAUUGUGUAACGAUGUUUUGGCCACAGCUAUGUCCGUUUUGUCAUCUCUCCCACCACUGUCAUUAUCAGUGGACUCUAAAAUACCCGACCUGGGUCUAUCUUCUUUGACACAGAUUACAGAUUUCUUAAAAACAACAGUAACAGCGCAGACUGCAGUUGAUUAUAACGGAAGAAGGCUCAGCUGCGAGAUUUUACUAAGAUUAGGAGUCCAAAGAGGGUCGUUACUAUGUUUAUUGGAGUGGAUCGAAAUGGCGCUCAUGUUGGAUUGUGGACAAASUACAAAAGACGGCAACARUUCUGAAAAUAUUAUAGGCUUGUCCAGGRAAUGCUUGCAAGAUGUUUGUCAGCAGAUGAGGAAAAAUACGAAUGUCCAUUUGGAAGUUACCGGAGGAUCCCAGGAUGAUAGAGAGACUAGUCUCGAUGAGCCUGAGACCAACCUUCAUCUAGAACCAGAUCAAGAAACAGGACUUAUACCUCUGCACCAAGCAGCUCUUUAUCUCUUGAACCAGAUAACCAGCCUUGCUGAGUGCUAUGCCCAGACAUCAAUCAAGAAUGGAUCAAACAGUGAUGUAGGGUUCAGCAAUGGCUUCAGUACAAACGAUGAGGUGUUUGUUUGGGGCAGCAACAGCAGCCAUCAACUGGCUGAGGGAAGUAUGGACAARAUUCUCAUCCCUAAAGUAGCAUCGUCAUUUGGCAAUGCCCAACAGGUUGAAGCAGGACAAUACUGUACUUUUGCUAUUUUUCCUGAUGGAUUUCUGCAUGCUUGUGGAAAGGGGAGUUAUGGAAGGCUUGGAUUAGGAGACUCAACCAAUCAAGCACAACUUAAAAGAGUUAGUUUUGACACAGACUGCGUGAUUAAGCGAGUGGCAUCGUCAAAAGGUUCUGAUGGUCAUACAUUAGCUUUGACAAUCGAUGGUAAAGUGUUCAGCUGGGGAGAUGGUGAUUAUGGUAAAUUAGGUCAUGGUAACAGCCAGACACAGAAAGUACCAAAAAUUAUAGAAGGAGUUCUUGCAAAUAAGAUUGUUUCAAGUGUUGCYGCUGGGUACAGACACAGUGCCGCUGUGACRGAAGAUGGGGAAUUAUACACCUGGGGUGAAGGAGACUAUGGAAGGCUUGGMCAUGGAGACAACAAUAGUAGGAAUAUCCCAGUUCAAGUGAAAGAUGUAACCAGYAUUGGACAAGUAGCGUGUGGCAGUGCUCAUACUGUCUGUGUGUCCAUGGAUGGAUCGACUGUCUGGUCAUUUGGUAGCGGAGACAAUGGUAAACUUGGUCAUGGCGAUACCAACAGAGUUUAUAAACCAAAGAUCAUUGAAGGGUUACAAGGAAUGAUUAUUCGUAAAGUUUGCUGUGGAAGUCAGUGCAGUUUAGCCCUAACAAAUACUGGACAGGUGUAUGCAUGGGGAUGUGGUCCGUGUCUUGGUACAGGGUCAGUAGAUGCAACCUCUGCUAGGCCAAAACUAAUAGCAGGUCUUCAGCCAUUCCAUAUUGUAGACAUUGCUGUAGGUGAUAGUCAUUGUGCUGUCCUAACAAGAGAAAAUGAAGUCUAUGCAUGGGGUAACAACUCAAUGGGACAGUGUGGACAAGGGCAUUGUACCACGCCCAUCACCAAGCCAAAAAAGGUCCUUGGUCUUGAUGGUGUAGCUGUCCAUCAAAUCAGUGCAGGGACAUCGCACACUAUUGCCUGGACUGCCCUGCCAUUAGAUAGGCAAGUKAUUUCAUGGUUCAGAGCCUACUGUGUUGACCUCAAGCAAUCAACAUUUGGGUCAUUACAAAAAUUCCUGGAAAGAUUUUGUCCAGAAUUGCACCAGAGUCCAGACCAGUCAAUACCACCAUUUUCCAGUAUAAGUGAACACCACAUAUUUGUACUCCUCUGUCUCAAGCUGCUAUCAGUACAUUUAUCUCUUGCUGUUGCUGCUGGUGCUUCUUCCAGUGUYCUUGGUUCUUAUACACGUCCGCUGCGCAAACUACUGUUCAAACUACUGGAUGCAUCAGUGUCUGAUGAGAUACAGGAGGCUGUUAAUGAAGCUCUCUCUGUUGGUGCAUCUCUCUUGCUUCCUCCUUUACCAGAGAGAAUGGAAGUGCUGCACUCAUUGCUGCCUCAGGGACCAGACAGUUGGGAAUCACUCUCUUAUGGAGAGCGUAAACAACUUGGUAUCAUACUAAACAGUAUGCAAGACCACACCCAUGUAGCAUCGCUUCUUGGAUUCUCAUUCUUAUCUAAAGAAGAUCCUCUUAGUAUUGAUACAGCUCAACCAUGUAUCAAAGAUAACACAGAAAUGGCUGAAAUACUCAUGAAAAUGUUGCUCAGAAAUCUAACUUUCCACACAGAGAAAUGUCUGUUAGAAUUAGAGAAGCCAGGAACACCUCACAGUGGCACACAAGGAAUUUCCAAAGAAGCCCCACCCAUCCACAUAAGACAGCUGCUGUUGYUGUUGCAAAAACAUCUGUUUGCCUACUGCCAGAGCAGUGCYAUUAAUGACAAUCCUACUAGCUUUAAUUCRGCUGUWAAGUUACUGCAGUGUCAUCUGUCUUUGUAUUUGCCAUGUGCCGGUGAUAUCUUGGUUACCGUUCAUGAAGUGUUAGUAAGACAAGGAAGUUCACAUCUAAGAGAGAAAAUCCAUGGUAUAUUAUACAACUCACCUGCUGGRUCCAUGUUGUCCUUGGUCUUCUAUUCCCUUAUGUUAAUGCCCUUUGAUUCUGUAAGACCUAUUCUACCUGUCUGUAUUGAGUUGCUACCUAUCCUGGAUCGAUUGAACAGAAUACUCCCAGCUGCAGCAGUGAUGGAGGAACAUGAAUUAGAAUGGCCUGUUUUGGGUACCCCUCAGAAUAUUGACCCUGCAGCUUUGCCUCUGCCACAGCCUGCACAAUCAUGGGCUUGGCUUGUUGAUCUUCAAAGGACAUGUGCUUUGUUUGUUGGGCGUGUCCUUGGCAGYAUGUUGAUAGGGCCGUUGUUGUCAAAGAGCGAAAGUGAUUGUGAAAAAUGGCUGAAUUCUCCAUUGUUGAACUAUGGUCUUGAGAAUAGAGAUCCCCCUUUAGAAAAGUUCAUGGCCAGCUCGCUGCCCUCUAUAUUUGAUUCCAUCGAGAAUACCAGAGCAAGUGUCCCCCCUGAUUUAAUCUUCCUCCUUGACCUGGCUCAGGGACCUGUUAUUGAAGCUGCUGAGAGUGUGUUAAAGCUAUUGUACGGCUUUGGAAAAUUCCAGGAACUUUAUGCAACAGAAGCMUCAGAUAUCCAGCUACUGGAUGCAGCCACAAGGUUUGCCUUUGCAGCAGUAUUGAAGCACUGUGGACUGUUGCCUGUUGCACUWCAGAAGACAAAGUCCAAAGAGAUGACAGAGGCUUAUAAGAGUGUGGGUUCAUUACGAAGAUUUCUCCUUAGUUUAAAGUCAGGUCAUGGAAGUGCAAGUUCUAUGUUGAGCUCUCCAACCAUUGAUCAUCCUGGUCAGWCAGUCAGCCUUCAGUCAAACCAGAGCGAUGAUAAUUCUCUACCUAGCCGAGAGAUGAGUCAAGAUGCCAUGAAUGAUCAAUUCUUCUCUGAUGCAUGUAUAAGUAUCAUACAACGUUGUUUAUUCCUAAUCCUCUACAUUCGAUCUGCAUUUCCWCUUGACCAAGAAACACUCACCAUCAUAGCCACUACUAACAGUGUUGUUAAUGAAUCCUCACCUGACCCUGUACCAAUGGAUAGUGCACUACAUAUUAACAUUGAUGACACAGCAGAGAGCACACCAGUGACUGUCUCACCGGUACUCAGUCCUAUGCAUAGCCCUAGAAGUGAAAGRAGUGAGGAUGAAACAGCUUCUCAGUUCCCCUCGUCAAGAAACGAAGAAGAUGAAAAGAAAAGACUAGAGGCUGUUAAAGAAGCCCUUCGACGCAUGCGCCACAGGAGAGAAAGGUUUGCCUUGUAUCAUGGCAAAGGCAGUGCACGCAAUCCUCCCAAGUCCUCUUCCACAGUAAAGAUGAUUGCGACCAGUGUUGUUGACUUUAUAACACAGGGAUUUAAAGGUCAUGAUGSACAGACUGGACACUCUGGACAGUUAUGUUCAGCCCCAGCUGUAGUGUUUAAUGCCAUGCAAUGUCAGCAGCAUAGAGGGGAGUUACGUUUAGAAGCUUUGAAUUACAUUCUUACAUUACUUGACCCAAAUGACAAGACCAAGACACACUCACAAGUCAGCCUCAAAUCACUUCUCUUAUCAAGUCGACUCCAGCUUCUCUCUGGUGCCUUYGGACURGAAGGACUGGGYUCUAGUCACCAGGAACUCAGUGAACAUGUCCAUACUCUACAUUAUCAGGAUGACAUCAAAGCUACUUCUACUAAGCUGCAAGAAUCCAUUCAAUCCUGUGUCCAUCGUUUGUAUACUCAUCUUGUCAACAUGCUGCAAGAAGACAAUGGAGACUCUAGCAAUAGAAAAGGUGCUAAGCAACGUCAACAGCUACAAACCAUAUUUGCACUGGGUAACAAACUUCAACCUGCCGACAUCUCACUGGCUGUUACAAGUCAUCUACCAUCAAUAUUAUAUGGUAUGUGCAGUCAUGGUCUUACUGCAGCACAGCCCAGUCCAUACCAAACUACACAGUCCAAUGGAAAGUCCAUGUUACCUGUGAUUCUCCAGGUUGCCAGUAGUAGAUUGUUACAGAUCAUUGCUGUUACUGUUGGUGAGCAUGCUGACAAACUGUCUGAUGACGUUGUCAAUUGCAUGGUUAAUCUUCACUUCAAACAACUGGAGACACUUAUAAACAGCUCAAGAAGCUUGUCUGUCAAGAGCUCAACAACUACUGUUACUGAUGCCGACGAAUCUGCAUUUAUUGCAAGUGAAGACAGGCGAAUWGCCGAGACAGCGCUUUGUGACUUCUUGGUCUUUUUGAGAAGAUUUUCAACAUCCAAGGCUGCCUGUACCAAGAUGGUGACCAAAGCUUGGCUGGAUGUAUUACUGAGCAUCAUUGCCGUCARURCAAAACCUGAAGAAGAAACCUUUGUCCUGUCAAUGAGAACAAGAAUGUUAACYAUUAACUUACUGGAAAUAAUCUUACCYGUUUGUAUGUCAGAACGUGAUAGUGACCUCAUGACUGCAGUAACUCGGCAGCUGUUCUACCUGGCAGCCCAGUACAUGUGGUCAUCGUCAUCGUUAGCGAAUACUGUGUCCUGUGAAGAUGAUGUACCUCAGGGUACAGAGAAGGUACCRCUUAAAGACGUCCACUUUGAUCGUGAUAGACUUCUGGGUUGUGCUGUGGAAAAUGGUAACACUUUAGUACACAAUGGGUCCAGGAGGGGUUAUGGUCUUGCUGGUAUUGGUAUCAAAUCUGGACUGUAUGAAUGGAAGUUCCAUAUUACUAAAGAGAACCGCGGUAACGAAGGAACGUGUGUGGGUGUGGCACGUUACCCCAUUACCGAUGACAGUCACCGUACAACCCGUGACAUGUGGCUUUACCGUGCAUACAGUGGUAACCUAUACCAUAAUGGUGAACAAUCUUUAACCCUACCAGGGUACACACAGGGAGAUUAUAUUAUAUGCGUACUGGAUAUGGAAGCUGGGACAUUGUCACUCGGAAAGAAUGGAGAGGAACUUCGCGUUGCCUUUGAUGGUAUUGAUGCAAAAGAAGUCUAUCCUUGUGCAAUGUUUUAUAGUAAUACACCUGGAGAAAAGGUUACGAUCACAGACAUGUAUAUGAAAAGUGCUCCAAGGGACCUUCAUCCUGGUAGUCCCAUGUGUGCCCCAUUACCAGCAGUUCUGUGUGAGGCCCUAGUGUCCUUAAUAAGGACAUUACAUUGUAAUGAAGAGUGGGAAUCCUUUGUUAAUCAAUGUAUAGUAGAUGGGAUUAAUGCUCUCAGAGAUUCAGAUGCUUUCAAAGAUAAUGAACAAGAUAUGUCUGCAUCACGCACAAGCUUACUUGACAGUGAAACUCAUGUUUGUUACGUUGUAUGGCCUGCCCUAGCCGUCAUAGGCGGCGUUGACUGUGGUUUACGUGUAGGAGGCCGCUGUGUUGAUAGGAGUACUGGUAAAGAGGGAACCAUCUUGGGCGUGGCCAAUGAAGGGAGAAAGAUCGUGAAAGUUCAGUGGGAUGAAGGCGACAACUAUGUCAGUGAUACACUUAUCAGCAAUCUGGAUCACAUUGAACCACGCAAGUUUGACGCCACAAGACUAGGAAACCUCUCACCAGAGAUGUUCUCCGAUUUGCUGCUCUUAACUGGACUCCUGGACGAUAAACAUGUAUCCCCUUCAAGGUCAUCAUCUCAUAUAAGUGCCUCAUUACAAGAAACUGAAGUCUCCCCUGAAUGUCUAGUCUCCUUAGAAGACGAUACGUAUGAAAAAAACGAACUCAAAGACGCAAGUGAGGUGGUUCAAAAACGAUGUGCUUCAGACACAGAUCUACUGCAUAACACGGACGAUAAGCGGACUGCAAGCAUGCCUGAAUUAUCUUUAUAUACUACAAAGUCAACCACAGGAUCAAAGACAUCUCUGGCAUCAUCGUACUCGGAGCGUAGUACAUCAAGCUAUGUUGGGUCUCUACACGACCUUAUUGAGUCAAUUAUUAGUUUCAGUGCCCUGAAGGCUUUAGUGGUGAUUAUUAAGUCCAAUAAGUUCCUUAAUAACCUAUUGUUAUUCCAAACUAUCGAGUCGUUAACUAAAUCUAAUACUUGUAAAGAUGUUGAUGGGAUAUCGUCCAACGAGCAUGUUGACCCAAAGGAACUUCAUGGCAUAGAAUGCCUUGACGAGUCCAUGAUGGCGGUGUUACGUUCUGUUAUGGCUUGCAUGGUGAAAUGUUCGAUACUUCCUUCACCCAUCAAGCAGAUUGUCAGGGUUGGGGAGCUUGAGAGAGCACAGACUGUACUCCUCAACCAGGCUCUUACUGGGUCAGAAAAGACUGAUGAUGCUGAUGACGAAAAGAAAUUAGAUGAAUCUCAAGAAGAAUUGAAAGAGGUGACCGAAACAGCAUCAGGCCGAGCAAGCUAUGAUACCGACAGCUCGAUUCCAAUGGCUGAUCCAUUACCCGACACAAGCAGGUCAAGUACAGCGACCUCUAUCAUGGAAACACCCACCUCAGACCAGCAAAGCAGUCCUAUUGCCAGCACACUAAUAUCUGCUCCAACGCUAUUAGAUUCAACCAAUCCUACUGAAACAAUGCCACGGAUAAUCGAUAGUACUACGUUUGAGCAAAGAAGCUUAGAAUCAGGUCAAAUCGAUACAAUGUCGGCAAGUACCGAUGCUUCCGUUACCCCACCAACGACGCUCCCACAAGUGCUUCGUGAUGUCGCCGCUAUGUCGUCGUUACCUGGUUUUUCUCUGCCGUUACUUGAGAUGGGAUUUUCCCACCGUCAUGUCCUACAUGCUAUGCAAGCUACUGGAAUACGACAAGGCGCAGAUACUAGGCGUAUUAAUGAGUUGGUCACGUGGUUGCUAGAGCACCCGGUGUCUGAUGAUGAGGGCGACACUGAAAUAAAUGAUGACGAUGAAGUACCGAUUCUUUCCAGCCAUCACAUUGCAGAACCAGAGGAAGCGACUGCUCAAAUACUUGCAGAUGAGAUUCGUACAGCAAGCUCUACUACAAGUCCACAAGAACCAUCACCAGAGAACUUAUAUACAUUAGACAUGGAUCUUGAUGACAGUGAUUUUGAACAAGGAUCCGAUAGGGAAUUACGUGGUCUAUUUUUUCCUGAGCUUGCCAAUCAAGCUGAACAAGAAACUCUCACCUGUGAAAUCUGCCAGGCGUCAGUGGUUCACUUCAAUCGUCAUAUGCGCACUCAACAUCCUGGGUGUGGCGGGAAUGCCAGUCGUCAUGGAUACCGUAGUGAUGGCGUCUACACGGAUGGCUGGUUUGGSGGGAUUUGCGGUACUGGACUGUCGUACUAUUUGCUCUGUCCUGAGUGUAGAGAAAGAUACCUUGCUAAGGCGGAAGAAGCUAGAGCACUUGCUGCUUUAAAGGGAUGCAACAUUUCAUACCGUGAUGCCAAGCAACUUAUCGAGGCUCCAGAUUUGCUAGGACCACUAGACUCGUUGACAAAUGUGAAUGAGCCAAGAUCCGAAGGCACCAAGUCMCGAAUUAACCCAACCAUCUACGAUGACAUCAUGUCAUCCCUUGGCCUYACCGAUUGUAAAUUAGUCCCUUCCCCCGUCAUAUUUGAACAAGAAGACCCCCUGGGAAUCAAAGURGUCAGCCGUGAUCCGACUUUUGAUCUGACCAUGCGCGUCGACAAGGRCAAACCUGACAUGUCCAGACUUCCCAGAAGAACUUUAGGCGAGCAGGCCUUUGUUAUUACAUCUAUGCAUGAUAGAGCACUUGCUUUGAAGCGUAUUACAGUAGCAGCUCAGAUCUCGCUGUCUAGAGACCUGGUUCUUAACAUGGUGCAUUUGUUAGCACAGUGCCCAGAGUUUGCUGUCUUGGCUAAUGGUUUGAAGACUCUAGGUCUUGGUGAUACUAAAAUCCUUGUUAGUCUCAUGAGGCUUGUAGCUGCCGGCAGGAUUUGUGUAUCGGGUUCAUGUAAGCCUGAUGUUGAUGAUACUAAGGCGAGAUCCAACCAAAGUCUAAAAGACUURAGCAAAGCGGUGUGUGCUUUAGCUACCGAUGAUCAAACCUCAGCUCGUCUUCUUUUGAAYCUSUGUGUCAGGGACUUAAUGACGUCUGCAACUGGCAAAGCCACYUUAAAGAAAUCCAUCGACAAGCCUUCUAAAAAGCGUGGAAUACAUUUACCUCGCUCAUCCACUGACUAUGACCCGUCGUCUUCAGACCAAAGGGCUUUGUCUCUGCCAAGUUUUGUGGUAACCCAGGCUUUAGUAGACUUACUAGCAGAAGCUGGAGGUAAAUAUUCAGGUCCAUCAAGAGGSCCUGUAAAAGAAUCUACUGUCCCUCUCCCCCUCGUUAAUGCACUGUCUGGAUGUUGUCUAUCUACGUACCUCCCCUCCCCCCAUAGGAAAUGGGCUGCUAUUGAGCUGGUUAGRACAYUGGCAUAUAGAAGCAAACUACGAAUUGCUGAACAACCAAAGGAAAUCUCGGCYGACAUGGAUGGCGAUAUCCCACAAUGCCCCAAAAUCAAAUUAAAAGCRCACUCAAGUGAGGUCAAACACUGCGCAUGGAAUGCUACCAAGAGUCUGCUGGCCACAAGUGGAUUGGAUGGCGUUAUUAAUGUAUGGAACAUGACGUCCAAAGGUCAUACUAUACUGCAACAGUCAUACACWUUCACCUUCUCACAUGAAGAAGAACGAAGCUCUACUCCAGACUUGAGAGAAAUUGAGUGCGUCUGCUUUAACGCAAAUGGAAAGYUAUUGGCUGGAGCUGUAGAGAACUUAGUAAAUAUCUGGACGUUAUCUGGUAACCACGGUAACUUGAAUAAACAUCCUCACCACAUCACUUGCAUGACGUGGCCGAUAUCACGUGGUUUCAUGGAAAGUCACGUGACCACUAUGGACAAUCUGCUCGUGGGUCGUAUUGACGGCAGUCUAGCUGUGGUGGAAGUGUUUGACAAGAGCUCCAUGGCUCGCGUCGAGCUUGAACACUGCUCUAGAAAAAAUCCWGUAUGUCGAGUCAGCUGGUACGAUGACAGUAACAGUUUUGCUGCUGGUUUUAUGGACGGAGUCGUUUGUCUGGCUAAGAAAGAUCCAAGCGAAGCUGUCAAGAUGGUCCCGGCUCACCAGAGCAUGAUUAUCGGUUUACAAUUCGAUAAAACUGGCAUGGCGCUGAUCUCUUGUGCAGAGAAUGAACCAGUGAAGGUCUGGUAUGAGGUUGACGAUGGAGUUAUUCUGCAACACAUAUUUGAGUUGUCCAGCUCUCCUGUGUCGAGUUUUUGCUGGUUUGAAACUCAAGGCAGUGAUGAUGGUGUUGGAGCAAUCGCACUUGGUGGGUCUGACGGAACAGUAAGCGUCUACAAAGUUCCACGUCCUCUCGAAAAAGAAUCCAUCAAAAAGCUAAUGGCGAACUUCAAACGUGUGGGAUCAGACGACACCCCGAUCAUGCGCAGUACGUCAUCUCACAGUGUUGACAGCGUGCCUGCAAUUCCAAAAAGAAACACUUCACCCAAGUUGAACUCUAAACCAGAGCGCUGGUGUCGAGUUUUCCUCUACAGCGACAUCAUAGAAGCACUAGGAAAGAAUAACAGAAGCUUGUCGGGCUCGCAACAGAGUUUACAUCAGGAUUUCUCGUGCUACAAGGGCUGCUUAUGUCUAUUUGAGGUCAAAGGCCACGACUCCCUUGUGUCUUCGUUGUCGUUCUGUCCUUCGGGSGUUUUCAUGGCAUCGUGUUGUGAAAAAGGCUUAGUUAAUAUAUGGUCUAUCCAGGACGGCGUAAUAGCUCAGACUUAUCAAGAAAACGGCUCAGCAAUGAGCAUGGUGUGGACAGGUGAACAUGGUGUCACGACAUCCUUCAAGGACUCCAAGGACCCAGUUCUCUUAAAGUUCAACAUUGACUGGUACAAAAGACACAGAAUAGUGGCCUGGGCACGAGAGAAACUCAGAAUGCAAGGCAUUUCGGGAUUGAGUGAUUCUGUUUGCUUUCGAAGCCUGCUCGAGAGAUUGCCCAACCUUUUACAAGACCAAUACAACUACGAAAAGGCCACGCUAAGCCGCGGAGACCAACUGGUUCAUAGUUCGUUCCUCCAAUCAUUUGCUGCAUUGGUCGUKGCUUUAGACCUUGACAACGUGCUUUGCCACGCCCUGUCCACAAGCCUGACUUCAGUUUGUCAUCCUAGUGACAUUCUAUCAGAAUGGGCAUGGCUGAAAACCUUCUGUGUGGCUGUGCGCUCAGCGGACGCCUUGACGUUUAGAGAUGUCUUUCAUAGUAGUUUUACUGUUCCUAAUGAGGAGAAGAUYAGCGAAGAUGAACCUUACCAACCCCUGGACAAUACGGCUUGGAGUCUUACCAUGGACGAACAAGUUAUGACCUGGGCCAUGCAAAGACCCGAACAGUGGGAGACUGGCGGCAAAUGUGAUGCGUACCUUUGGGGGGGAGGGAGACAUGGACAACUUGCAGAGACAGGUCGAGGAGUGAACGUUCCUACCAUUACCAAGUCAUUUUCAAAGGCUAAUCAGAUUAUAUGUGGUCAGAAUUGUACAUUUGAACUGCAAACAAAUGGCACAGCAUUAGCCUGUGGCGAGGGAAGUUAUGGAAGACUGGGAAUGGGGAAUUCGGAUGAUCUGCUUGUUUUGACACCAGUUGCAGCAUUACAAGGUUAUGUUGUGAUCCAGCUGGCCACAUCGUGUGGUUCCGAUGGCCAUUCCUUAGCAUUGACAGAAAGUGGUGAGGUGUUUAGCUGGGGUGACGGCGACUAUGGCAAGCUUGGUCAUGGUAAUAGCGAUCGACAAAGACGACCAAGACAGAUCGAAGCUCUACGAGGACAGGAAGUCAUCAAUCUUUCUUGUGGUUUCAAGCACUCUGCUGUAGUCACUUCCGAUGGUAAGCUGUUYACAUUUGGUAACGGUGAUUAUGGUAGGCUYGGACACGGCAGCUCUGUCAACAAGAAGACGCCUGAACGUGUAAUGUCCCUUGAAAAACAUGCAAUUGGACAGGUUGCCUGUGGACUGAACCACACCCUUACAGUAUCUUCCGACGGUAACACGGUUUGGGCAUUUGGCGAUGGGGACUACGGUAAAUUAGGUUUAGGAAGUUCCACAGCAAAGACCUCACCUCAGGUCAUUGAAGCUCUUAAUGGCAUUGGAAUCAAGAAAGUCUGUUGUGGAACACAGUUCUCUGUGGUAUUGUCAAAAGAUGGGAGGCUUUUUUCAUUUGGGCAAGAACGUUUGAUCGGUCAACCAGAAGGACGAUUACGUGGUCCCAGCAAACCCCAACAAAUCCUUGCUCUUUCGUCUCACUUUGUCGACGAUGUUGUCGUSGGUGCYGAGCACACACUGGCUUUAACAAGUACCGGUGAGGUGUGGGGGUGGGGGUCRAACGUUGACGGUCARCUUGGUCUUGGAAAUAGCGUGACGCACCGCGAACCAUGUCUGAUACAGGAUCUUAAAGGAAAAAACGUACGACAGAUCUCCGCUGGUCGAAACCACAGUGCUGCGUGGACUGCACCACCACCGCAGACCCGUACCCCUGGGUCAACAACACCGCUACAACUGGGACAACCCGAGCAUAUUCCACCACAGUACCCAGCACUCAAGGGUGUCAGCACAGAAGCAGUCAGAGCGAGGCUGAGGGUGCUGCAUUUCUUUUCUGAUUUGGUGUAUUCGUCAUGGAAACUUUUAAAUCUAACGUCUGGAGAGAUUGACAACCAUUCUUAUAAUCGUGGUACUACUGGUUUCGUACGAGGUCAACUGCGUCCAUUAUUAGCCACUCGUGUAUCGAACCUACCAAUAGUUCGCGCUAUAGGGCGGACCAUGGUGCAAGGCAAGAAUUAUGGACCGCAAAUCACUGUGAAAAGACUUAUUGGAAGYAGCAAAAAAUCAAAGCCAAUAUUCGUACAAAUUGCUCACCAAGUUGUCAAGCUCAAGUCAAGUGAUUUAUGUCUGCCCUCAAGAGCCUGGAAAGURAAGCUUGUUGGAGAAGGAGCAGAUGAUGCCGGUGGUGUGUUUGAUGAUACCAUUACAGAAAUGUGCCAGGAACUGGAGGAAGGUAUCGUCCCUCUUCUUAUCCAUUCACCMAACGCCACAUCAGAAGUGGGCUUUAACAGAGACAGGUUUUUGCUUAAUCCUGCUGCUACUACCGAUGACGAUUUAAUCUUGUUUAAGUUCUUGGGAAUCCUGUGUGGCGUCGCCGUUCGAACCAAGAAACCUCUUGAUCUACAUUUGGCGCCAUUAGUGUGGAAACAGCUGGUCGGAAUACCUUUAACACCUGAUGAUAUCGAGGAGGUUGAUUUACUCUACAUACAAAGCUUACGUGGAAUUCGCGAUAUCCAUGAGAGUGGUGUAGAUGGGGAUACGUUUGCUGAGAUCAUYCCGAUAGAGUCUUUCGAGACACUCAGCGCYGAUGGUCGCUUUGUACCCAUAUUCCCUAGCGGUCACAGCAUUCGUCUGACGUUUGAAAAUCGAAGUGAAUACGUAGAACAGGCGUUGCGUUAUCGAUUACACGAGUUUGAUCGGCAGGUUAAUGCCAUCCGUGAAGGCAUGGCAGGGAUAUUACCAGUCCCCUUGCUGUCACUUUUGACCGCGGAGAAACUGGAACAGAUGGUUUGUGGAUCUGAGCAGAUUAGUAUCGACAUGUUGAAGAAAGUUGUCAGAUACCGAGAAAUAGACCCUUCAGACACGCACAUUUCAUGGUUAUGGCAGACUUUGGAGUCAUUCACGAAUGAGGAACGAAUCCUCUUCAUGCGGUUUGUAUCUGGACGGUCCAGGCUACCAGCCAAUAUUGGUGACGUCGCUCAAAGAUUCCAGAUUGUCAAGAUAGAUAGGGAGGAAGAUAGUCUACCCACUGCGCAGACUUGUUUUUUCCAGUUACGUCUACCACCAUAUUCCAGCCCUGAAGCAAUGGCGGACAGGCU